GACGUUAACCGCUAGUUCAGUUUUAACCAUUUGGGUAAAAACGACAAACAUGUUUAACCGUUAGUUACUCCUACAAAUGUCCUAGAAACUAAACUAUUUCUGAUAAUAUUUCAGGUGCAAAGGUCAGCGGAGCUUCUAUCGCCGCUGCGCUAAUGUAAUAGUCGAUUUACAUAAACAACAGUAUUUAUUCGAUCUUCCGAUUGAAGUUCAUGACUCAUGAUCGUUCAAGAUCAUGGAAAUCACUAAAAAUAUAAAGUAGCUUGAAUAGGCAAAGACGGAAAUUAAAAUGAAGGAAAUGCUGGGAUAGGUCUCAAUAGAAAAAUCAUUUCAAAUUCAGUAUUUAUGUAAGUGAUGCUGAAUGAAAAAGACCAGUAAAAGCGUGGCCGCGAGCUCUAUCAUAAACUUGAAAGGCGCAAACGGGUCGACUGCAGUGCGUGCAGGCCACAGGUAGGGGGGUGGAUUCACCCCCUUCAUCUCGUUUCAUCCCAGUGUCGAGCGGACAGCCCGAGGAUCCGCACGCGUUCGGUCGCGCGCCGCGAAAAUACGCGAAUAAACAUCGUAAGCAAUCCUAUGUUUAUGUGUCAUCCCGCGAAUCAAACAAAUUCGGAAAUUUGUAAUUCAAAUUUAACGGUAUUUUGUCUGUGCUCGGAUGAAUAGUGCAGUGAAAUUGUUUCAAAUGUUUAAAACUGUGAACAUUUAACAGGAAUGGAUGGAGAGAACCGUAUCAUUUUGAACGUUGGCGGUAUACGAUACGAGACGUACAAGGCGACGCUGAAGAAGAUCCCGGCCACUCGGCUCUCCCGCCUCACGGAGGCUCUCGCCAACUACGACCCCGUCCUCAACGAGUACUUCUUCGAUAGGCAUCCUGGAGUCUUCGCACAAAUCCUCAACUAUUACAGAACUGGGAAGCUGCACUACCCCACAAAUGUGUGCGGGCCACUCUUCGAGGAGGAGUUGGAGUUCUGGGGGUUGGACUCCAACCAGGUGGAGCCCUGCUGCUGGUCUACCUACAGCAUACACAGGGACACACAGAAUACCCUGGCCAUCCUGGACAAAUUGGACAUUGACAGUGAAAAGCCCUCAGAGGAGGAAAUCGCAAGACUCUUCGGUUAUGAGGAAGCUUACCUCUCGGGAGACGUGGGGAUCUGGCAGAGGGUCAAACCUAAAGUCUGGGCUCUCUUCGACGAGCCAUCCAGUUCACCUGCUGCUAAGGUGAUAUCAGCGAUAUCCGUCUUCUUCAUCUGCGUGUCAGUGCUCUCGUUCUGCCUGAAGACUCACCCGGACCUGCGAGUGUUCAGCCCCGGGACGCUCCUCCGGGAGAACGGCUCCGACUCCCUGGAGAUGCCCUGGCACGACAACGGGAAGCCCCAUGGAGCCUUCUUUUAUAUCGAGCUGGUGUGUAACGUGUGGUUCACUAUUGAGCUGCUUGUGAGAUCUGUGGUAGCCCCAAACAUAAUAGAAUUCGUGAAAUCGCCGGUAAACAUCAUAGACUUUAUAGCUACCUUAAGUUUUUAUAUGGAUGUGGUGGUGGAACUGACUGUGGUGCGACAGUACGUCGACAAAGCUGAUAUCUUGGAGUUCAUCUCCAUCAUCAAGAUCCUGAGGCUGUUCAAGCUGACGCGGCACAGCCCGGGCCUGAAGAUCCUGGUGCAUACGUUCAAAGCCUCGGCGAAGGAGCUGACGCUGUUGGUGUUUUUCUUGGUGCUCGGUAUCGUGAUUUUCGCGAGCCUCGUUUAUUACGCUGAGAAAUCUCAGGAUAACCCAGACAACCAAUUCAAGUCCAUACCACUUGGGUUAUGGUGGGCCAUCGUGACGAUGACCACGGUGGGCUACGGCGACAUGGCGCCAAAGACCUACCUCGGCAUGUUCGUGGGCGCUCUGUGCGCGCUAGCCGGCGUGCUGACUAUAGCUCUACCUGUUCCUGUCAUCGUCUCAAAUUUCUCGAUGUUCUACUCACAUACACAGGCUCGGUCGAAACUACCAAAGAAGCGGCGCAGAGUGCUUCCAGUGGAGCAGCCGAGAAGAAAACGCGACGCUACCGCCUCCAAUCGGCGAGUGAACGCAGUUAAACAUCCCGUGGUACUGAAAGAUAUGUCGCCAGGCGGAAACAAAUUUGGAGUAAAUGGUAUGAACAUGAUCAGCCUAGCACUUCAGGGUCCAACGACCAAUCUCCUACGGCCGCCAACGACUACAACGUUGCCACUGCAAGCAAGAGCACCCAUCGUCGAGAGUCCAGUUAUCAACAUGCAGUCUGGAGCAAUCUCACUAGCAUCUCUGCAACCGCCUCUAAUGACUGCCCCGCCCCUGCAACCAAGACCUGCAACCACCGGCUCCUUAGACCUCAUGCUGCCGUUACAACCCAAGUUGCUGCCAGGCUACAACCUCCAAUCGUCAUUCCUAUCCAAUACCCUCUCUACAGUGAGACCGCCUGACAUCGAUAAAAAAGACGACAUUUAUAAACCGAGAGUCGAAGUUAUUGUAGAAAAACGAGAAUCAGAUGACAGUGACGUCAUUGACGAUUCUAAUAAAAUAGAUCAAGUUAAUGGCUACAGCGAAUGUAGCAACCAUAAUAUAUCUGAAAUUGUAGAUAAUGUGAUGAAGGAUGAAAUUAAUUCUAAUUUAAUAGAUACUGAUACAGUCAACUCAAAUGAUAAUGAUGACAGUCCGAAUAACAAUUCUUAUUAAAUGUUGAUCGUAAAUGUUUCUAGCUGUGAAACCCCGAUAGUUAACGAUGUCUCCCAUUAGAUUUAUGGAUCUGUAUUAUAUGGAACUUCUUCCUUAGAUUUUUCUAGUCAUUUAAAUAUUGUCAGAUCAUAAAGUGUAUAGUGUAAGUCACUUGGGAUACCCAUAUUUAUUUUACUGUUACGGGGUCGUAAAAUGUUGUGAGAAUGAAAAUAAAUUAGACAAAUGUGUGGAAACUGUAUGCGAUACAUCCAUUGCUGGUCGUGAUGAUAUAAGAUGAAUAAAAACGAAUCUGAUUGAUGUCAGUCUUAAUUUAUUUCCACCAACAUGACUUUCACCUGUUAUGAUUUGGAAGAUAAAGGGAGUUUCGCUAUGAGCGAUCGACUAGUCAACUCGACGACCAAAACUAGGCUGUUUGUAGUUUACAUGGAACUAUGGAAAUUUUUGUAUAUUUUGUAAAUGGAAGACACGACAGUGAUUAAAAUUGUACAUAGAAUCCAAACUUUCAGCUACCUUCCUUCUUGCUUCCGAUUGUUUUAUGGGAUUUGAAUAUGCUAUUUGUUUUUGAUAGUCAUUUGAUAUAUGGAUUAGGAAAUAUGUGUCUACAAUUUAUAAAGUAUGUAUCACUCACAUAUUGAAAUUAAAUUCCGUGCUGAAAAAUGAUCAUGGUAUUUAAUAAACUUAAUUGUAUUUGAGGACGUAACUGAAAUAUGUGAGUGAUACAUAUUUCUUUUAUCGAUCAACAUUAAAAUAUUGCCAACGUUUUAUAUGAAAAAUACAAAAAAUGCCAAACAAAGCCCCUUACAACUCUCAUGUGUGCCAAACAUUGUAGAUAUUUAGAUGUAACAUAGGAGAUAAUUCAAUAUGGCUGUUCAAAGUUAUACUAAAUAUGGCUAGGAUCGAGAACUAGACUAAACAUUGUAUAUUCCUGGCUGUAUUAAUAAUAAGGACACUUCAUUGUGAGCUGAGGAUUGCAUA